AUGUGGUGUUAUGACAUCUAGAAUGAUGAAGAUUUGUAUGGGAUUUUAGCCUAAUCUAAAGAAAUUGAUGAAUUAUUCUUCCCAAACUUAAUUUAGAUAUUCAAAAGGGAGAACAUUUAAGAUUGUCUAUAAUUUCUUCUAUAUAUGCAAAAUCUAAGACAAGGCACAUAAGAAAUAAUAUAGGUAGAAAAUCUAUAGUUUAUUGAGAAGGAAUGGAUGCCAAAUGAUGGAAACAAUAACAUUAGAAGGAUAAUAAAUGUUGUCAAAAACAUUAAAAAUCACUAUUUUAAUAAAGAAAAUUACUCUGCAGAAGAAUACUAAACAGUGAAGGAAAACCUGAUCACCAAUAUAUCAAAUAACAAGAAAAUCAUUGAAUUUCUAAAAUUUUUGGUUCAUCUUACUGCUUUAGAUGAGAGAUAUAUUUAGUGCGGAUCAAAUUCUCUUCAUUUACUAGUUUAAAUGAAAGUUGAUUUAAAAGAAUAAUGUUUUGAGAAUAUUAGAAUUAGAAAUAUUUCCUUAGUAAGAGCUAAUUUCGCAGGAUGCGAUUUAAGUGGAUCUAAAUUUGAAAAUGUCAUUAUUAGUGGUAUAAUUUUGAAUUAAGCCAAAUUAUUUAAUUGCAAGUGGAGGAAUUUAGGGAUGCAUGAGGAAAUUAAGUUACAUGGGCAUAGUGGAAGAGUCAAUUAAGUUUGCUUUUCUUAAGAUGGCAGGUCUUUAGCUUCUUGUAGUGAUGAUAAUUCCAUUAUUUUGUGGGAUGUGAAAAUAAGAAAAAUAAAGUCAAUAAUCAGAGGGGAUGGGGAUGUAACAUCAGUAUGCUUUUCAUCAAAUAAUACAACAUUAGCUUUUAGCAGCAGAGAAUUCGUCUAUUUAUGGAAUCCGAAAACAGGAAGAUAAAUAAAAAAAUUAGAUGGUCAUUGUGGGGAUGUCAGGUCAGUAUGCUUCUCUCCUAGCGGUAUUUUUUUAGCAGCUGGUUGUGAAGAUAACUCUAUUUGUUUAUGGGAUGUUAAGACAGGAUAAUAAAAUGACAAAUUAGAUGGUCACGAAUAAUCGGUUUAGUCAGUUAAUUUUUCUCCUGAUGGUACUACAUUAGCAUCUGGUAGUUGUGAUAGCUCGAUUCGUUUAUGGGAUGCUAUAAGAAGAUAAUAAAAAGCCUAAUUAGAUGGCCAUGAAGAUUCAGUUUAUUCAGUCAAUUUCUCUCCUGAUGGUACUACCUUAGUAUCUGGUAGUUCUGAUAAGUCUAUACGUUUAUGGGAUGUUAGGACAGGAUAAUAGAAAGCCAAAUUCGAUGGUCAUGAAUUUUGGGUUUAAAUAGUCAACUUCUCCCCUGAUGGUACUUUAUUAGCAUCUGGUAGUUCAGAUAACUCUAUCAGGUUAUGGGAUGUUUAGACUUAAUAAUAAACAGCCAAAUUAGAUGGUCAUGAAGAUUCAGUUUAUUCAGUCAAUUUCUCUCCUGAUGGUACUACAUUAGCAACCUGUAGUGGAGAUAACUGUAUUUGUUUAUGGGAUGUUAGGACAGGAUUAUAAAAAGCCAAAUCAGAUGGUCAUGAAGAUUCAGUUUAUUCAGUCAAUUUCUCUCCUGAUGGUACUACAUUAGCAUCUGGUAGUUCAGAUAACUCUAUUAGGUUAUGGGAUGUUGAGACAGGAUAAUAAAAAGCCAAAUUAGAUUGCCACUCAAGUUAUGUUAUGUCAGUCAACUUCUCUCCUGAUGGUACUACAUUAGCAACUGGUAGUGGAGAUGACUCUAUCUGUUUAUGGGAUAUUAAGACAGGAUAAUAAAAAGCCAAAUUAGAUGCUCAUUCUAAUGCUGUUUAAUCAGUCAAUUUUUCCCCUGAUGGUACUACAUUAGCAUCUGGUAGUUCAGAUUACUCUAUCCAGUUAUGGGAUGUUAAGACAGGAUAAUAAAAAGCAAAAUUAGAUGGUCAUUUAAGUUGUGUUAAUUAAAUUUGUUACUCUCCUGAUGGUACUGCACUAUCAUCUUGUAGUGAUGAUAAGUCUAUCCGUAUAUGGGAUGUUAAGACAGGAUAAUAAAAAGUCAAAUUAGAUGGUCAUUCGAGCUAUGUUAUGUCAGUUAAUUUCUCUCCUGAUGGCAUUACAUUAGCAUCUGGAAGUUAUGAUAACUCUGUCCGUUUAUGGGAUGUUAAGACAGGUUAAUAAAAAGCCAAAUUAGAUGGUCAUUCAAAUGGAAUUAUUUCAGUCAAUUUCUCUCCUGAUGGUACGACAUUAGCAUCUGGUAGUUGUGAUAAUUCGAUCCGUUUAUGGGAUGUUAUGACAGGAUAAUAAAAAGCCAAAUUGAAUGGUCAUUCAAAAGGAAUUUUAUCAGUCAANUGCAUGAGGAAAUUAAGUUACAUGGGCAUAGUGGAAGAGUCAAUUAAGUUUGCUUUUCUUAAGAUGGCAGGUCUUUAGCUUCUUGUAGUGAUGAUAAUUCCAUUAUUUUGUGGGAUGUGAAAAUAAGAAAAAUAAAGUCAAUAAUCAGAGGGGAUGGGGAUGUAACAUCAGUAUGCUUUUCAUCAAAUAAUACAACAUUAGCUUUUAGCAGCAGAGAAUUCGUCUAUUUAUGGAAUCCGAAAACAGGAAGAUAAAUAAAAAAAUUAGAUGGUCAUUGUGGGGAUGUCAGGUCAGUAUGCUUCUCUCCUAGCGGUAUUUUUUUAGCAGCUGGUUGUGAAGAUAACUCUAUUUGUUUAUGGGAUGUUAAGACAGGAUAAUAAAAUGACAAAUUAGAUGGUCACGAAUAAUCGGUUUAGUCAGUUAAUUUUUCUCCUGAUGGUACUACAUUAGCAUCUGGUAGUUGUGAUAGCUCGAUUCGUUUAUGGGAUGCUAUAAGAAGAUAAUAAAAAGCCUAAUUAGAUGGCCAUGAAGAUUCAGUUUAUUCAGUCAAUUUCUCUCCUGAUGGUACUACCUUAGUAUCUGGUAGUUCUGAUAAGUCUAUACGUUUAUGGGAUGUUAGGACAGGAUAAUAGAAAGCCAAAUUCGAUGGUCAUGAAUUUUGGGUUUAAAUAGUCAACUUCUCCCCUGAUGGUACUUUAUUAGCAUCUGGUAGUUCAGAUAACUCUAUCAGGUUAUGGGAUGUUUAGACUUAAUAAUAAACAGCCAAAUUAGAUGGUCAUGAAGAUUCAGUUUAUUCAGUCAAUUUCUCUCCUGAUGGUACUACAUUAGCAACCUGUAGUGGAGAUAACUGUAUUUGUUUAUGGGAUGUUAGGACAGGAUUAUAAAAAGCCAAAUCAGAUGGUCAUGAAGAUUCAGUUUAUUCAGUCAAUUUCUCUCCUGAUGGUACUACAUUAGCAUCUGGUAGUUCAGAUAACUCUAUUAGGUUAUGGGAUGUUGAGACAGGAUAAUAAAAAGCCAAAUUAGAUUGCCACUCAAGUUAUGUUAUGUCAGUCAACUUCUCUCCUGAUGGUACUACAUUAGCAACUGGUAGUGGAGAUGACUCUAUCUGUUUAUGGGAUAUUAAGACAGGAUAAUAAAAAGCCAAAUUAGAUGCUCAUUCUAAUGCUGUUUAAUCAGUCAAUUUUUCCCCUGAUGGUACUACAUUAGCAUCUGGUAGUUCAGAUUACUCUAUCCAGUUAUGGGAUGUUAAGACAGGAUAAUAAAAAGCAAAAUUAGAUGGUCAUUUAAGUUGUGUUAAUUAAAUUUGUUACUCUCCUGAUGGUACUGCACUAUCAUCUUGUAGUGAUGAUAAGUCUAUCCGUAUAUGGGAUGUUAAGACAGGAUAAUAAAAAGUCAAAUUAGAUGGUCAUUCGAGCUAUGUUAUGUCAGUUAAUUUCUCUCCUGAUGGCAUUACAUUAGCAUCUGGAAGUUAUGAUAACUCUGUCCGUUUAUGGGAUGUUAAGACAGGUUAAUAAAAAGCCAAAUUAGAUGGUCAUUCAAAUGGAAUUAUUUCAGUCAAUUUCUCUCCUGAUGGUACGACAUUAGCAUCUGGUAGUUGUGAUAAUUCGAUCCGUUUAUGGGAUGUUAUGACAGGAUAAUAAAAAGCCAAAUUGAAUGGUCAUUCAAAAGGAAUUUUAUCAGUCAAUUUCUCUCCUGAUGGUACUACAUUAGCAUCUGGUAGCGAUGAUAAGUCCAUCCGUUUAUGGGAUGUUAAGACAGGAUAAUAAAAAGCCAAAUUAGAUGGUCAAUCAAGUUUUGUUAUGUCAGUCACUUUCUCUCCUGAUGGUACUACAUUAGCAUCUGGUAGUUAUGAUAACUCUAUCCGUUUAUGGGAUGUUAAGACAGGAUAAUAAAAAGCCAAAUUAGAUUGUCACUCAAGUUAUGUUAUGUCAAUUAAUUUCUCUCCUGAUGGUACUACAUUAGCAUCUGGUAGUUAUGAUAACUCUAUCCAUUUAUGGGAUAUUAAGACAGCAAAAGAGAUUUUACCUCUAGAUAAUUUUUACAAAGAUCUUCUUUCUUAGUUUAAAUAGCCACCUUAAAGUCAACCCAUUUUUCUAAAUUGUAUUUUAACAUAUUAUUUUUUAGCAACAAUAAAUCAUUCAAGACUCAGAAUAUGUCAAAAUCCCAUUUUGGAAAUAUAAGGAGCUUUAAUAUUGAGAGGUGAAUUUGUUGAUUAUAAAGGAUAUGAUUUACUUUCAAAAUUUAAAACUAAAGGUUGCUUAAUUUUAGAGAAUGAACUAAAAUAGAAACAUAAUUGA